CUGCCCGCAUCCUGCAGCCCCUUGCACCCCACACCUCAAUCCCCCAGCUCCUGCACCCCGCUCCCUGUACCCAUAUCCCGAUCCUCUGCCCUGCCCCAGAAUCUCUACCCCAUCUCCUGCACCCCCGUUCCCCAGUCCCCCACUUGCACUCAUGCCUAGUUCCUGAUCUCCUGCACCCCACAACCCUUCUGCUCCCAGCCUCCUGUGCCUCCCCACUGCUUUCUGCCUCCAAUUCACCUGCCCUGAUCCCCUACUUGCACCCGACCCCCAUCCCCACCUGUAUGUAGGUCCCACUCCAGUUCCCCUCUGCACCCCAUUGGGGCCCUGCUCCCACCCCAAUCUGACCCAUGUACCCAUCCCCGCACACCCCAAUUCCUCCCUGCACACACCCCCUGCCUGUAGUGCUCAUGCCAAUCCCAUCCAGCCCUCUGCACACGCCCACCCGGCACCUGUCCCGUUCCUGUCCUGGGCCUGCAGUUCUCCCCCUGCACCCCCCGGCCUCCUGCACUCACCCCUUGCCUGUAGCGCCCCAUUAUUCUGCGUGUAGUAGCCAUGCCAAUCUGCACCCAUUCCAGGCUGGCAGCGCUUACCUGGGUCCCGCCCACCCUCCACCUGCAGCACCUACCCGGAUCUCAGCCCGCAUCCGCAUGCGCACCCCCCUGCAUCCGUCCCCAUGACCAGACCUCCCCCAGUAUGCAGAGCCCCGUGUCCCACCCCUGCAGGCAGCACCCUCCUCUCCCCCUCCCUCCAAGUCUCUGUACAUAGAGCUUGGUGCCCCCUUCACUCUGCAUCGCCCUUUCUGUUUCCUCCCUGCCUAGAUGCAGAACCACAUGCGCUCCUAGCCGCAUCUCCGACCCUUACCACCUAGCCCGCUCCUUACAUCCCCCGUCCCUCUGUCAGCCGUCUGCUCUGCAUGUGGCACCCACCUCGUUCCUUCCCUACCGAGCAUGGUUCCCUCGACACUGAAUCCAGCAGCCACAGCCUACCCUGCAGACACUCACCCCCAUCUUUCCCCUGCUGCUCCCUUCGGGGGUGGGACAGGGGGCUGGAGCCAUGCAGCAUGCACCCCUCCAGGAGGGCUCAGGUCCUGUCCCAGGUGAUCGCAGCAUCCUCUUUCUGCUCUCCUGUGGGCAGUUUGCAAGUGGGUCUGACACCCAGCCCCCAACGGGCUGGCCCUAGCCAGGGCUCCGGCUGCACAAGGCGGUUUCUCUGCGCAGAACUCCACUUCCCCUCAAAGCAGAGGGGGCUUUGGGAAUUGAAGACCAUUGUGCCCCUUGCUGGAGCCGGGGGGGAGGCCUCUGCAGGAAGUGUGCUGCUGGGCUGCGGGGUGCACAGAUAGUCACCUGCCUGGGUCUUGCAGCGCAUUGGCAGCGUGCGCAUGAGCGCUCGGCUGCGCAAACUGUUGCCCCGGCCUCUCCAGGAGGAAUUCGGGGCCCCCAGCUGGAGCAGCCGAGAUGAACUGUGGCAUUGGGAUGAAUUUGCAGAAAUCUCCUGAGUUCCUGUGAGAGUGAUGGGGUGCUGCCCACUGCCAACCAGUCUGUGCAGACAUGUUGUUUGCUAUGUCACCGAGAGCGCAAGGACUGGGGAGGCCCAUCUCACAACGGGCUGGUCUCCCCGGGCGAGAGGCUGCCUCCAGACUUCGUGCCAACGCUCGUGCAGAACCUGCUGGGAGAAAUGCCGCUGUGGAUCUGCCAGAGCUGUCGGAAGAGUGUGGAGGAGGAGGAGCGGCGAGCUGUCCAGGAGCAGGCCUUGGCGGUCUCAUUAUCGCACACGUCCUGCAAGUCGCAGUCUUGUGGGGGCGGCUCCCACUCCUCAUCUUCCUCCUCCUCAUCUUCUUCCUCCUCGUGCCACGGGAACUCGGGGGACUGGGAUCCCAGCUCCUUCCUGUCUGCUCACAAACUGUCGGGCCUCUGGAAUUCCCAGCAUGCCAACGGAGCCACGCAAGGCAGCCCCUUGGGGGGGCUCCCUGCUGCAUUAGGUGACAAGCACCCCAGCCUCCCGCUGGCUCCGGAGUGCGUCGGCCAGGCUCCCGCUGCGGCACCUGGGCUCAAGGCCUGUCCCUACAGCCACACCGUCCCCCCAGCUUCCAGCGGGGCUGCCCCCGGUUCGCCUCUGCCUACCUCACUCGACUUCUGUACGACGCUUCCCAAGCAGUUCAAGAGCAUGUGCCGCAGGCCCACCCCGCCAGGUGAGGCCUUCCACUCCUUGGACCAUCACCGGCACCCGGACCUUGCCGCUCCUCCCAACAGCCCCACGGGACUCCCCUCCCAGCCACCGGCGCUGAUCUCCACCAAGCAGUCACCCGCCCACCUGAACACCACCUCACCGCAGGCAGCGCCGGUCCCUGCAGCCAGCCCCCACGCAGCCGCUGCCGAGUCCCCUCCUGCUGGCACCCUCUCGCAUGGCCAGGCCUCCUGCAAGAGCCCUCACCUGCCCCCCGCCAAUGUGCCGCUUCUGAAGAUGCCACCUCCGCUUUCAGGCUGUGCCCACCCCUGCAAUGGGCACUGCAGCGGCUCCCUGGUGCCACCAGCUGCCCCGCACCAGCUGCCCAGCACUAACAGGGACCCCAUGUGCAAAGGACACAAGUUCCCCAAUGGUACCAGCUGCCACCCGCCACAGUCAUGCGAGGCGGACGAGGGCCUCGGGGAGGAUGAGGACAGCAGCUCCGAGCGCAGCUCCUGCACCUCCUCCUCCACCAACCAGAAAGACGGAAAAUUCUGUGACUGCUGCUACUGUGAGUUCUUCGGCCACAACGCGCCCCCUGCGGCCCCCACGAGCCGGAACUAUGCCGAGAUCCGGGAGAAGCUGCGCUCCCGUCUCACCAAGAGGAAGGAGGAGCUCCCACAGAAGCUGGGCCACAGCAGCAGCUCGGGGGAGCCGGCCGUGGAUCACCGGGACGUGGACGAGCUCCUGGAUUACAUCAACAGCUCGGAGCCCAAGCCCCUGAACAGCGCCAAGGCCGCCAAGCGGGCACGGCACAAGCAGAAGAAGAAGGAGAAGGAGAAAGCCCAGCUGGAGGCAGAGGCCCAGAAGCGGGUGGCACGCGGCCCUCUGGCUGGCCAGGACAGGGAGCUGGCGGAGGAGAAGCUCCUGGAGUGGCCCCAGCUGGAGCUGGAGCGGGUGAACAGCUUCCUCAGCAGCCGGCUGCAGGAGAUCAAGAACACCAUUAAGGACUCCAUCCGCGCCAGCUUCAGCGUCUACGACCUCAACCUGGACGUUGCUGACUUCCCCAAGAAGGCCGCCGUGCUGGAGCAGAAGACUCUGCUGUCCCACCUUAACGGCUCCUCGGGCCUGCAGGAGAUCGAUCUGGAUCUCUCCCCUCUGAGCCUGGGCUCCUCCAAGAACCACAUGCUGCUGCGGAGCGAGCUGGGCCCUUGCUGGGGGGAGGGCCCUGGGGAGGGGCCACCGCAGGCUGAGAACGGGGUGGUGAAGCGCCUGAGCGCGGUGCCCAACCUCUCCCGGAUGAUCUGGGUCCAGUCCCCCCAGCCGACAGACUCUGCCCAGGAGAGCGGCGGGCCUGGCCUGGAGUGCAAGGAGGUGGCGCCGGCCAAGGGUCCAGAGCCGCAGGAGCAGGCACCGGCGGGGGGCAGGCAGAGGAGGAACAAGCGGCAGAGCUGCCAGGCGAGGAAGGGGGAAUGCACCGCGGUGCCCGGCGCCCAGGCCGGGCUGGAGAGUCCCAGCUCGAAGGGGCUCGUGCUGGGAGCCAAGCACCCUUCAAAGCCUGGAGCAGUGCCCACUCUGCGGAGGGGGAGUGGCUGUGCGGAGCCGCCGGAGAGCGCCAAGGGGCAGGGCUGGGGCUGCGGCGGCUCCAGGCCCGAGAAAGAGAGGAGCAGCGAGUGGAAAGGCCGGAGGGGCGAGGGCAAAGCGGAGCAGCCAGAGCUGAUGCAGCCACCUCCCCUUGCCGCUGGGGACCAGCAGCCCCUGCACCCCGCCACCCUGGGCAGCUCCCCCCAGCCCAAGGGCAAGAGCAGGAAGAGCAGGAGCAGGAUGGAGAAAUCGAACACGUCCAUCGAUGACGUGUUCCUGCCCAAAGACGUGGAUGGGGCAGAGAUGGACGAGACGGACCGAGAAGUAGAGUACUUCAAGAGGUUCUGUCUGGAUUCUGCUAAGCAAACUCGGCAGAAAGUGGCCGUGAACUGGACCAACUUCACCCUGAAGAAAACCACUUCAAGUGCAGCUCAGUGAGGUGUGGGGGGAGCCCCAGUGUGUGCAAGGGGCCCUGUGCCUACCCCCCAGCACCCACAGACACUCGCCUCACUGUGCCCCUCCCCCUGCUGGGGGGCUCCUUUUGUUUUCUCUGUGGGUUCCUCUUCCUGUGAAUGUGGAACCCCUUCCCCCCAGGCCUGUCAGGCCUGCACCUCCCCAGCCAGUCACAGCUCUCGGCGGGGAGGGGGGGGCGGGGGACUCCCUAGCUUAGGCAGCCCCCUCCCCCGCCCAGUCCCUCUAGGGGAUUUUCUCUUCUCCCAGCACUCCGUUGGUGAUGUGCAGGGAGCCUGCCAGCGCCAGUGGGCAGCCCCCCCGUGCCAGCCUGGCGCGCAGCCGGGGGAAAGGACCAUGCUGGACCUAAUAAAGAACUUUUUAAUUUUUUAUUUUAUUUAAAAAACCCAACUUUUUUUGUUGUUUUUUCCUGGCUUCCUGGGACACCCUAAGCCCCCCCCCCCCAGCUCAGCUGCCCUGCCAGCCUGUCACAGGAGAUACCCAGCUUCCUGUAGCAAACAGGCCCUCCAAGCUCCCUGGGGGGUCCAGCUGACCCACUGUGUCCCAGCCAAGCUGAGGGUUUGGGCCCUAGGCAGCAGCUGCAACUUCCACUCUGCCUAGGGGCUGAGUUCACUCCUCUCCUGACCCUUCCGCCUCCCAUCGCUACCCAGCCGCAGGCCCUGAGCUCUUCCCUGGGUGUGAGGCGCACCCUGCACCUGCUGGGGGAAGCCUCAAUGGGCACCAUAAUGAGCACAUUGCAGCAUCCCAUGAGCCCAGCAGCACCUGCAGAAGGGCCGGGGCCUCCCAGUCUGCAGGCGCUGCUCUCCCAGCAGUGUGGGUGCCUGCAGCAGCCCUCUGCACCCUCUCUGCUCUUGGGUUCCCAAAGGGCCAUGCCUGGCUGGGGGCAGAGUGCACCCAGAGCAGCACUUCUGGGAGCCAGGGGAGGGAUGUGGUUGGUAGUAGCUGGGCUGUGCCUCGCUCUCCCUCUGGCCAGCCCUAUGGCCGAGCGGACCUGUGCACGUCAGGCUGCCGGGCCUGCUCAGGGGGCAACGCCUGUGCCCCGCGCCCAAGUACAGGGUGAGGUCCUGAUGGGCGUGCUGCCCAGCCCAGCCCUGCUUUGUAUUGAGGGGGAUUGAAAGCAGGGCGUGGGUGCCUCAGCUCAUGGAGCCUGGGGUAAGGGAUGCCCAGGACAGGAGCUGGGGGCUUUCUCUGCCCCAGGGAGCAGCAUGUGCACUCCACCUCCCCGCCCAGCUUGGGCCAAGCAGCACUGGGGCUGGGGGGAAAGAGGGCGCCAGGCAGCCCAGCGGGGUCGGACACAGCCUGAGCGCUCUGCCGCCUGCUCCAUGCCGCCUCUUCCUGCCCUGUGCAGAUAACACCAGAUUAGCGCCACCAUGAGGCUCCACCCUCGGCUCUGUGGCUCACAGGGUUCUGGUGAAUCCCUGGCCCGCCGGGCCCCUGCUUGUACCAUAAUCCCAGCCUAAGCCUGGUGUGACAGGUCUGGGAGCCACGGCGGGCCGGGGGCUCUGGCUGACGGAGCAGCGCUUCCUAGUCUGUUCUCGGGGUGUGUGCUGAAGGGCAGAGGGAUGGACAGGCAGUGGGUCCCCUUCUCCGCACACGUGCCCGGCGUUCCCCACACCAACCUAACCCCUUAGGGAGCUACAACGGAAACAAACUGCCAAUCUCUGGACCACGAUUUCUGGUGCUACCGGUCCCCCAGCCUGCAGGUGGCUGGGAAGGUGCCGCUGGCCUUGCCCCGCCUGCAAAGGGAGCGUGCUGUGCAGCCAGCCACGGCCAGACUGGCUUCUCUGGUUUUUUUAAUUAUUUACUUUUGAUACUGUGAAAAUCUUUCAUGCUGAAAGAUAAAAUGCCGUUUGGACACAGA